AAGGUGGGGAUCGGAUAGUUUUUGGUUGUUAUCAAGUUGCUGUCUUUCUCUCUUGCCAUUCCACCUUCCUCCCUUCCAUCUCUUGAUUACAAUCACAUCCCCCCACCCUCUCCCACUCUCUCUCUCUCUCUGACCAAAGCGAACACCUUUUCUUCAAGUUUCUGGAGUCUAAAACAAGCAUAUCUCCCCCACCUCUCUCACCUCUCCACCUCUCUCUUUUACCCUUUAUUUGCUCUCUCAGAACCAAAACAAACACCUUUCUCUUUGUUUUCUCGGCUCCAAAAGAAACGUAAAAAACCAUGGCAGACAGGGUCUAUCCCGCUGCUAAGCCCAACACCAACGGCACCGCCGGCGCCGGCGCCAACAACGGCGCCUUCCCUGCUACCAAGGCCCAACUCUACGGCGCCACACGCCCUGCCUACCGCCCUCAACCCCACCACCGCCGCCGCCACGGCCGAAGCUGCUGCUGCUCCUGCUGCCUCUGGCUCACCCUCCUCCUCAUCCUUCUCAUCUUCAUCGUCGCCAUCGUAGGAGCCGUCUUCUACGUCCUCUACCGCCCCCACCGCCCGUCCUUCUCUGUCACCAGUCUCAAACUCUCUUACCUCAACGUCACCUCCUCUUCGAUGCUAAACUCCAAGUUUGACCUCAGCAUCACGGCCGUAAACCCGAACAAGAAGCUUGUCUUCAUCUACAACCCCAUAACCAUCUCUAUACUCACCAACGAUAUUGAUAUUGGCGACGGAACCGUACCGUCCUUCGUUCAUGGCAAAAAGAACACGACCCUGUUGAAGGCUGCCAUUACGAGCAGCGGCGGAGCGCUGGACAGUGCUUCUGUUAGUACUUUGAAGACGGACAUGAAGAGCAAGAACGGUCUGCCACUGAAGAUAAAGCUUGACACAAAGGUGAAGGCCAAGAUGGGAGGGUUCAAGACCCCAAAUAUUGGCAUUAGGGUUUCUUGUGAUGGCAUUACAGCUACUCUUCCUACUGGGAAGACGGCGGCGACUGCCUCCACUGCGGGCGCGAAGUGUAAGGUUGAUGUCAGAGUCAAGAUCUGGAAGUGGACUUUCUAAGGGGUAGCAAAGGAGAUCGAAGAAGGUGUGAAUUUGUUUAUGUUAUCUUUUUUUUUUUUUUUUUUACCCUUUUUCUUUAUUUUUAAAUAAUUGUCUAUUAUUCUUUUGUCUUAAUUUUGUUGAUUAUGUAAAUGGAAGAAAGGAUGGUGAGUUGAUUGUGUUAGGGGAGAGAAAUUUGUUACAUAUUUUUUUAAAAAAAGUGAAGUGUUUUUGUGCUUUUUCAAUAAUACCUUGAGAAUUUCUUUUA